AUGUCCCGUCGAGGUUUUCCCGGUGGUGCUGGGAAGUCGCGGCUGGCAGGCUUUGGAGAUCUGGACCUGGCGGCAACGCGAGGGAUUCUAACCGGUCCUUUCAGCGGUCCGUUCAGCCCCGGAUCGACCUCGUCGCCGAAGCGGCCGGAGGCGUUGCCCUCCGGGGAAAAGCCGGCCUUGAUCAACCGUUACAUCGAACCGCCGGAAGACGGGCUGACGCGAUACCCGACCUUCCGCUCGCCUCAGGGGGUAUUGCGGGGACUGGAUUACUUGGGUACCACGGUGUUCGCCAUUUCGGGCACCGUGACUGCAGGGCAAGUGGGCAUGGACCUUCUCGGGUGCAUCAUCGUGGGGACCAUCACGGCCACGGGAGGGGGCACCGUGCGUGACGUGCUUCUCGGCAACACCCCCGUCUUCUGGAUGCACGAGACGGAGUACCUGUGGAUGUGCCUCGCCACCACCGUCGGCAUCUUCUUCCUCUGGUCCUAUCUCGCGGAGAGAGGUGUCCGGGAUGACAUGGCGCUGCUCAACUGGGUGGACGCGAUGGGGGUUGGGGCGUUCUGCUGCAUCGGGGCCCAGGCCGGCGUGCGCAAGGGCUUAUCGAACGUGGUCUGUGUGGCGUGCGGCAUGCUAACAUCGACGUUCGGGGGCGUGAUCCGCGAUGUGCUCUGCUCGCGCCCACCCAGGAUCCUGUUCUCGCACUGUGAGAUCUACGCCUCCACCGCCGUGCUGGGGUCUGCCGUCUACAUCGCCACCAAAGCGGCGGGUUUACCCCCAGUCGUGCGAAUCAUGAGCGGUUUCCUGUCGGCAGUCGCCCUCCGGGUCCUGGCCUUCACGACGGACAUCAGGCUGCCCACCUGGACGCAGCCUUCGGGGGCCGCUGUUGGCGAGGAACAGCUGGAGGAGAUGGAGGCCCAAAGCGAGGCCAAGAAGAUACACUUGGGGGGUGAUUGACAUGAUUGAUGAUCGUCGGCGAUCAUGAUGAUCGUUGUCGUCAGGAUUCGACACUUGGGGGGUGAUCAUGAUCUGUGCGUAUGAUCAUGAUCAUCGUCGUCAUGGAUCGAUACUGAGCUUGGUUCGUUGGAUCUUCUGGGUUCGACAGCCUCAUCAUGGCUCUGUUUGCUCUUCCUUUUUGCCCGAAGGGGGGGGAGAUAACACGGGCGGUAGGAAAGGCUUUCCGAUGGAAGACUAUUGGGCUAUUGGGGAGAUGAGAGUGGCGGCGGCGCGCGAGUGAGGCUGAGGUGGAUCGAUAUCAAGUGAAGAGCUUUUAUUGGUUUUGAUUGUUCAUUUUGUUUUCGGGUUGUACGACAUGGCGGAAAUCUCGCUAACAAAACACGAGACGUGCAACGAGGCGGGGCCAGAGAGAAAGGUCGCCAAUGCGAUGGUUCUGAUGGUUUGCUUAUGGUGAUGAUAUUGUCAUGCAACGAAAGAUUGGUGCCGGGGAGGAAAGACGGGUCGGGGUCAUGGUUGCCGUGUCAUGUACCGUUACGCUUGAGAUGGUGGCCCCGCAGGUAGAUCUCGAAAUCGAUGCUCCUCCGAUGUUUCCUCGGAAUCACCAAACUCGAUGCAUACGGGAUGUGACAUGGCUUGGUUUGUGGUGGUCAGAGAGCGGCACAGCUGUGGGUGGGUGUGUUUUGAUGGACGGGGGUUGGAGGGUUGUGGCAGUACUGCUGUAGGCUUCGCAAGGAUAUUUAAGCUUGGUUUUAGUAGGGGGCACGGGGUGGGGGGUUGGGGGUUAGGGUGAGGGAUGGGGAUACGGAGCUACCCUCUCUAUUUCGUAGAUUAUGAAUGAAAUCCUCGCGAAGGCGGUCCGGUUGGGGGGGCGGGGGGGCUGGGGGGGCUGCAGGUGUGUACUCACGCCUCCUUUGUUUUUUCUUUUUUGGUUGUUCGCCCCCCAGACCAGCGCGUCUUCAAGCGGGGACGAACGGGUGGAAGCGGGGAAAUCUGUUUUCUCCCCCCGACACUUUCUGCGUUGUUCAUGUCUGGCCAGUGAACGUGGCUCGUUUCGAUUUGUGCAAGAAAUUUUGGCGUUGCCUGACGUAAGUAAGUGUAGGAAGACUGUUGAAUAGUCGACACCCUUUCAAGUUUUUCUUUCAUGUUCUUGGUCAAAGCCUGCCCUGGUGGUCUCAGCCGAUCGAUGUGCAUGAAUACAUCGGGGUUGGCAAGCGUCGACUUGGGCAGGCCGCUCGAUUUCGGCGGUAUCUGUAAUCGCUGUAUGUGCGUAGCAAGUCACGCGAUGUAGUUUUCUCUGUACCGUAGUGUCGCCGCUCUGUAAAAAGAACAACAACGAUGGGUUUCGAGUAGCAGCGCGAGAUUGGGGUAGGGAGGGAUCGACUUUGCUUGAUGGUUAUCACUUUGUAAAUAGAAGGCUGGGCAGAAUGUGUGCUGGGCAGAGCUAUCGCUCCAGUUGGUGGUGAGAUAUUUGUGCAUGGGCAUGCACGAAGCCCGGGCAAAUCGUUCGCACUCACGCUUGUUUGUGGGUGUUCUCGGUGUUCUACAUUAUUUUUGUUAUUCCGUGUUCAGCUUGUGUUUGUCUAGUUUAUUUACACGGUUGGUUGUAGUACGUCGAUACUUGUGUUGAAGCAAACAUCGCGUUGUUCGCUUUUUUCUUGUCUUCCCUACAAUAUGUUCAAGGUUACCCUUAGUCCUCGGUUUGACUAUCCUUUUCGGUUGUCGCCCAGUUCAUGACGUUGUUUUUGUUGUGUUUUUUCCCUCCCUCUCAGGACUGAUAGGGAGUCGGUUCGCUGAGCGAGCAUUCAACAUUCAACGCCCCGUUCCUUCGCAAUGACCUACAAUCACAACCAAUCUCGUCUGUCGGUGCGCGAGUUCUCCGUGGACCACCCCAGAAGAGAGAUCGAUCGCAGCGUGUUGAGAAUAACGCGUUUAUUUGUCCUUGUGUUUGUGUCAGAGGGCGUCUGUCUGUUGUGACGGUCUGGCGGGGAAACUAAACAUCCAUGCGUGUUUUUUCCCCUAUUUUUUUCUUAAUA